UUACAGAAUCAUAGAUUAAAUGAUUUUCGUGCACUUAUUCUAACAGAAACAGAAUUUUUGCAAGUUAUCUUAUCAUGAAUAGUGCCAUGUCAUGUGAAAUGUAAGCACAUCUUAAGGCCGUGACCUUAAUAUUUAUCCGAUCGUAGCAUGCCAGAAACGGUGACGAUUCCCUCCGAAUACCAGGCCGAAGAAAAAGAACCCCCAUUUUUUGACCUUUUUGAGAAACCCCGAAUCCCAUCCCUUCUGAACCCCGGGACAAUUCGCUGUACCAACGACCCUCCCUGCAAUAAUUGCAACCACUGCCAACUUGAGCAACAUGCUGCCAGCUUCAUUGCAUGUAUGCAGCGGAUCAGCGGUACACGGCAGCAUGAAAUCCUCAUGUGCUUCGUGGACGUCAUGCCCAUCAAGACCGCGGUGUGGACGCUCGAUCUCCUGCGCCUGCAUGUUGACACGAUGACCCCAGGAAUCGACAGUAUUGCGCGCGAGCUGCAGCAGCGCACGCUGCGCCAAUCAGGAGCCACGGUGACUGAUGCCCCGCCCCUUGCGGAUGUCCACCGCUUAAUCACAUCUGUCGAGCAGACCGUUGACUGGUUUACACGGUGCGAUAUUCUAAAUCAACAGUUAUUUAUUAUGCGUUGCUUGCUUAUUCAAGAUUAUUCCCAAUUAUUGUGGUUUUAUAAGGAACUAAAGGCGGCGGUCGUCGAGCGGCUUCCUCCUGAACCCGAAAAACCAGCGAUCUCGGCCAAAGGAAAGACGCCAAUUCCCAGUAAGAGUAAAGCGGAGACACCGGUGGCAGUGGUAGCGACGCCAUGGCUGAAGGAACCGGUGAAACCGGAUGUCGUAUUCGGGAAUCCCAAUCCGAGUUACAAAGGUCACAUUUGUCUGGAUUUGGAAGGAGCGGGGUUUGUUACACUGGAAGAACGGAAUGUCUUCUGCUCGAAAUUCGAGGAGUUUCGCUUGUGGAAAUCAGAAGGAAGUAUUCCGAUAGCGGCGGUUUGUCCAAACUCUGGACUGUGGGGAGUUUAUUCAAAAAUACACAGAAACAUCUCCAUUUAUGAUGUGGCAACAAAGCAGAUUGUUGAGGCCAUUUCAGUGAAACCGGAAACCACUCCUGUCUUAAGGAUGGCCAUUUCCAGGAACGCCUCGUACAUCUUUGUUCAAGCGUCCCAUUUUUGCGUCCAUAUUUACCAAAAAACCCUGCCUAAAUUUGUCUUUCUUAAACAAAUAUCUUUGGACCCAGAAAAUGGCAUUAACUUGCUGGACACAACGCCGAAGGACCAGCUAGUACUAUCGUCGCGUAGUGCCAGCAUUUACAUUUACCAACACGAAAACCAAUUUACUGAGCCGAGUCGGAUUUACACAUUAGGUGGGAACAUCUGGUCUCACUGCAGUACUCCCAUCUUCUCCCUUUUCUUCCCCACUUCCUCCAGUAGCGAUAUUUUUGCCGCAUCUCUCGGCAGCGGGUCCGUCGUGCUGGUUAAUACCCAAACCGGUUGUAUUCGUAAACUGCUGACCGCCCACUCGCUCCAUCCGGGUCCGGUGCGGUAUCUGCACUGCGACACAUAUUUCUGCAUAGGAUGCGUGCACAACGUGGCGUACAUCUGGGAGAUUAACGGAUCCCAAUCAGCAGCACGCCAUACUUUGCCGCAUCCCGUGGAGAUUAGCGCAUCGAAUGCACUGUACCAGCGCCUUGUCACCGGCUGCCGGGAUCACAGCAUUCGGGUGUGGUCAGUCGUGACCGGUCAACUUUUGCGGGUGAUGGUGACCUUUGCGGAUGUGGCCCAUCCGCUUUUAAAACUGGAUAUUAUCGGGGAAAGGAUCAUCGUUGGCACCAUGUUGACGGGAUUGUAUGUUGUUUGGUUCGAAGAAGUGGAGUGGCAAGAAAGUAAUCCAUUGAUAUUUGCUUGUGAAAAUGAAAGUUCAGACCGAUGUAUUCGCAUAGAGCAAAAGAAGAUUUUAGACCAGCUGACGCCCAGUAAGCCGGCAGAAACCGAUUCAAAAUGGCGACAGCGACUGGUUCGUCUCCUAAACCAUCACGCAGUUCUAAUUGCAAGUCAGCCUGGAAACGCCACAACGACGCAUAAUUUACCGCUGCAAUCACAUCCUAUACCGUACACUAAGCCUCCUUUAAUGGAAACAUUCACCGAAGAAGCCGCUCGUGAAAUCGGGAAGAAAGGUCAAGCUGAGGAGUUUGCAGCGCAGUUGAGCAUCAGAAAACAGCAGUCGGCGAAAAAGAGUGCAAUGGUUAAUCAAAAUGCCGGUGUCUUAUCGGAGACUACAAGAGUUCAGUUUAGCGCCGCUGGAGAACGGAAAGCGGAAUUGCUGAGCUAUCCAAAUCAGGCAGAGGAGCUGAAUACUGCGGUUGUUGCAGCCUUAAAUGCUUCUAACAAGGCAACCGAUCAGAACAAGAAAAAUAAGACGAAAGCCACGCAUUAACUUGUUGUUCGUCAGCUGCUUUUCAGUAUAAUUAUUGCAACAAAAUAGAGUUUAAUGACGCAAGAUCGUCCCAAACAUCAAAUACCGAGAGCAGCAUUUUUGCAAGCAUUUUCAAUAGCACAAAUCAUCACCGUAAGCACCCAACAACGUG